AUGCUGCUGUUACCGAGCUGGUCAAAAUUAUCAAGGUCAGUUUCUCAGUCUACUCUCUUGCUCUCACUCGGUCCUCAAGCCUUUGUUCGGCUAGGUCUCGACAAAAUAAACGAUCAGCAGAACCAUCAUCAACACCCGGAUUCCGAUUCAUCCGACUCUCGCCACAAACGAGCAGGAAGUGAACCACUCCAUCACCCUAAUAAGAAGCGGCCUAAGCGAAGACCGAUCCGACGGGGUUGUGGUUUGGAGGAGAACAGAGAUAGAAAAAGGGUGCUCAUUUGCUUCGGCUCGUCUCGUUGGAAUGGUCAAGAGUUCUCCGGUCAUCUGCGAGUUGAGAUCUAUCGGAUCAGCCAGGAUUUCGAUCAGUAUAUCUUUGGAAGUGUUGAUGCGAACCCGGUUUCUCUUCUGACGCACUUACCCCGUGAAAAUUCCUUCAGUUGGCUUAACUCCUGGCCCAGUUGGAUCUUGAAAUUCGUGCUGGGAAUGUUCAUGACUGCAUUGAGGAUGGCCAGGGUGGCACAGGAAUUCCCACGCCUUCCCCCCAUCUACCAAUGGACUCGAACCUCUGCUCGUGAAGUUACCUGUACUCUGCUAUCAGAACAUUGCACUCAGAGUGUGGGGCACGCGGUCGAACCUUUCCUACUCGCCCACGGUGAUCAUCAGGUGCUCAACGAACUCGUGGAGGCCUUGGGCGACAAGCUACCCGCCGUUUCUGGAGCCGCUUUGAGUGCCGUGAACAGCCUGGUCAAGAUCAUGACCCCUUGGACUCGUCACUUGAUUCUGCGGGUCUUGCUGAAUCGGAUCGCCACUGCUAGUAAAUGGCAAGUCGAGACUGGUGCCCUGAAGGUCUUGGACGUUGUGGUCGUCAGUGCCGCCAAAAAAAACGCCCAUGCCAUGCCCGAAUUCGUCCCAGUCCUCGCGACCGCAAUCUGGGACACCACAGCUGAUGUCAAGAAGGCCGCCCGCAGCUCUUUAACUAAAUCUUUCCCUGUUGAUGCCCCGACCUUGUCUUUGAUGGUUAACUCCAACGACUACCUUGAGUACUCCGGUAUCAGGCUAUUAAGUUUUUGA